AUGGGAGCUCGUCUUCGCGCCGCCAUGUUGUCAGUGAGGGAGAGAUGCAGAGCUCUUAAUAAGAGGGCUGAGGUUUCUAAAGGUCUGUUAUGAAUGAGUAAGUCCUAACUGGUAUGUAGAUAGAAUGGAAUCUCUGACUCCCUCACCAAACAUAGUAGAUAUGAAUCUGAAGAUAACUUGUAUAGAAUGCCGUCCUGAAUGCUUGGUUAUAGUGUUCCAGGGUCAAUACAAGGCAGGAUGUGAGCUUGACUAUUACAUACUACAAAAUGAAAUACAACGUGUGUUCAAAGUAAAAGAUAAUAUUUCCGUUGGUGGAUCUUGUUUGGUGGAAGACACAGAAGGAAAAUGGCAUAGAGGAAGAGUUCUGGAAAAGAGAGAGAAUAUCUGUGAGGCUUUUCUUAUAGACACUGGGCAAGUGCUAGUUGUUGAGGAAACACAUCUUGCUUCUGCUUGUAAUGAAUUGUUUCAGCUGCCUCCAAAGGUGGUUUGGGGUGUUUUUGCAAGCAUACUUCCUCUUGGAGAAAAAUGGGGUCCAAAAGCCAUUAACUAUUUUUCAUCUCUGGUAGGAUUACAGAUUACGGGUCAUGUGAAAGCUGUUACACCAUACCAACUGUUUAUUCUAGAAGUACCAAAGGUCAUUAGUGAUGUUCUUGAACUGCAGUUAGGAAAAUUUAUUGAUGGAGAUUCAUUUUGUCUUAUUGUAGAAACGUUAAGAGUGUUUCCCCAAGAAAUGCUAGUGCCACAAUUGUUGCAACAGAAGUAUCCAGUCAAAGAGUUGCUUACUUUCAGUAAUUCUGAGAAACCAACAGAUUUUUGGCCAGUUCCAGAUGAUCUCUUUCCAUGUCUACCUGUUGGCAGUAAAGAAAAUGUAAAAAUAACUGUUGCAGUAAGCCCAAAUAAAUUUUACUGUCAGAUUCAGAAAUGGCAGAAAGAGCUGGAAGAUUUGACAGGAGCUAUGCGUUUGUACUAUGAAGCUAUCAGUACAGAAAAUAAUAAAUCUUUUGAUAGUUUAGGGCUACUCUGUGCUGCCAAAAGGCAAAACGGACAGUGGCAUAGAGGAGUGAUAAAACAGCUUCUCUCUGACCAUGUGGAAGUCUGGUUUAUGGAUUUUGGCAAUAUUGAAGCUGUGCCAUCUAGUUGUGUUCAGAAACUUAAAGUAGAGUUCAUGGCAUUACCAAUGAUUUCAUUUCCAUGUGCACUGUCUUGUUUUGGUAGUCAGGAUGAAACAGUAAUAAAAAGUCAGCUGAAAGAACUUAUACGGGCCUUGAUAGGACAAACUUCUGUGUGUGUCCGUGUUGAUUUAUUCAAUGACAUUAAACGCUUGUAUUACAUUACGCUGCAAAAUCAAAAUCUUGGAAUUAAUGCUAAGCAUCCAGAAAACCUGAAUGACGCAGCUGCAUCAUGUGUCUCGCUUUCGGAAACAACAGUCACGAGUAUUGCUGUAACCUACAAACCAUGUGAUGGGAGAUACAAUUCAUUUAAGAAUUGUACUGGAAAUAAGCGUACAAAAAACUGCUUACCUGAAUGGGAUAUUUCUUUGUCAAGCCACUGCAAAAGAGUAGAAAUGCAAAUGAAUUCUUUCCAUACUGCUUUUGUGGUAUAUGUCAUAAAUCCAUCUGACUUCUGGAUUCAAACAUGUGAAUAUCAGAAUGAAUUUCAAGCCUUGAUGAAAAAUAUUGCAGAUGCAUAUAACCCAUGUGGAGCUGAUGAAAUGGUCCUUAAAAACCCAGAACCUGGAUUGCUGUGCUGUGCCCGGUAUAGCAAAGACAUGCAUUAUUAUCGGGGUGUUGUCGUUGAAGUGCUUCAUGUAAAUAUUACUGUUUAUUUUUUGGACUUUGGAAAUACAGAUACAGUACCCUGUUAUGAUGUGAAAAGAUUGCUUCCUGAGUUUUCUGAUUUACCAGCUUUAGCUAUGUGUUGUGCACUUGCUUAUACGUUUCCUGUUGAUGAUGUGUGGGUUAAAAAGGAAACUGAUUUCUUCAAAGACAUUGUGUUUAACAAACUACUCCUGCUUCAUGUCAUUGGAAAGCAAAACAACAAGUAUAUUGUUAAUGCGCAGUAUAAGAAUGGUUUGCAGCAAGGAAAUGUUGCCACAUGUAUGGUUCAAGCUGGAUAUGCUGAACACUGGGAAAAGACACCAGAUUCUGUUCUAAAUUCGGCAAAAAAAAGUCAAGCCCUGAAUCGCCAGAAAUUAAAAAAAAAAAAAGUAAAUGCACAGAGCAUCUGUAAUAUUCGUAAAAAUAAGGAAAUCUCUGGAAAUGGAGAGAGAUUUCGGAAGGAAAAAUCAUUAAGUGUGCCUUCAGUGCUGAGAGAAUCUGUUGUGCUGUCCUGUUUUGGAAAAGGUGCUAUCUCUAAAAGCCAUAAAUCGGUACAUGAGAAAAGAUUAUUUUAUAAAGAGUUUGUGUUUAAACCAGGAGCUGUUUUUGAAGUGGUGUGUUCUUACAUUGUUUCCCCAGCAGAUUUUUCAUGUCAGUUGCAAAGUAAACUGUCAGAGCUAAAUAACUUAAUGGAACAAAUUCAGACUUACUAUAAAGAGCAUACCAGUCCUUACAAAACUGGACAGGCUGCUUGUGUUGUUAAAUGUCCCAAAGAUGGGAAGUGGUACAGAGCAACUGUUUUGCAGCAAGUAUCCACAAACGAAGUUGAUGUGGUUUUUGUAGACUAUGGUUAUCAGGAAAGAGUUUUACUUAAAGAUCUUCAAGCUGUUCUUCCAGAUUUCCUAACUCUGGAAAGUCAAGCAUUUCGGUGUGGACUUAAAGAUGUAUCCUUACAGAUUGACUCACUUAAUUGGUCUGAAGAAGCGCGUAGACAUUUUGAAGACUUCAUUUCUGCUUCUAGAGGACCACUGACUUGCAUCAUUUAUGCUCUUAUUCUUGUAAGCCCCAACUGUUUAUGCAAUAUAGUUGACUUACAGACUCCAUUUAUUAGUGCAGAGGAAUUCCUCAGAGAACGUGGUCUCACCCAGUCUGAAUAUAUUGGCCUGAGAAACCUUGCAUCUUUGGGUUCUCUGUACAGUUUUUGCUACUCAUCUUUUAAUAUAAAAAUUGGAAGUGAGGAGGAGGUUUAUAUAACUCACAUACAUAGUCCUUCAAAAUUCUAUUGUCAGCUUAAUCGAAACACUGAAACUAUAGAGGCAUUGAUGAAGAAGGUUAGUGUCAUAAGUAAAAUGCCAAAUAGUGCAAAAUACGAUACCAGCAAUACGCGAUUAUGUAUAGCCAGAUAUUUUGAAGAUGGUCUCUUUUAUAGAGCUUUGGCUUUUCCUGUGGAAUCGACAUCCUAUCUAUGUGCUGACUUUGUAGAUUUUGGAAAUAAGAAUAUGGUAGAGAGAGACCAGUUGAUGCCUAUUCCAGACUCUGCCACUGACCUAAUAUUCACACCCAUGCAAGCUAUUAAAUGCUGUCUGUCAGAUCUUAGGGAGACAAAAAUUCCAGCAAGUGUUACUAGAUGGUUUGAGGAAACAUUCCUUGGUAAACUGCUGAAGGCUGUAAUUGUAUCCAGAGAAUCAGAUGGACAGAUUGUUGUGGAGUUGUAUGAUGGACAGCUCAAAGUCAGUCAGAAAAUUAAAGAAAAAGUAUUGGAGGAAUUGGCACUGAAAAAUCAUAUGGAAGAAUUUGUUGGAAGUAAUGGAAGAGUGACAACUCACAUGGAAGAUGACAAAGAAAUUAAUAAAGUAACUGUUAAAAAUCCUGAAAGAGUUAAAUUGAAAACUAAAGUGAAAUGCCAAGUAUAUGAUAAGUAUUAUCAGACAGAUAUUGGACAGAAUUUUGGAGAUGAAGAGGAAACUGCAUAUAGCACACAAAAGUUGUGUAGUGGGUCCUCAAAACCGCUAACUUUACAGGACAGUCAAGAACCAGGUUUUAGAAAUACUGUCAGUGCUGUUCUGGAGCACAGAGAGGAACCUCUGGUUGGAGAGCCUGCUUCUCUCUCACUCUGUCAUCCUGCUUUAAAUUCAAAGGAAAUAACUGUAAAUGCUCUCUCUGAAUCUCAUAAUGAAAGGCUAAAUUAUACAGGUCAGCAGCAAAGGAAUAACGAAGAUAGACCUAAAUUAAUCAGUCUUCCUCAACAUGAUAUUCAGGUGAAUUCUGAAGUAGCGGGGUAUAUUUCUCAUAUGAAUAGUCCAUCAAGUUUCUAUGUUCAGCUUGCAGAGGAUGAAAACUUAAUAAUACAACUAGCAGAAGAAUUAAAUGAAAGCAUGGUGAAUAUAGGUCAUGAAAAUUGUGUAGAUGAGCUCAUGGUAGGGGAUUUCAUUGUAGCAGAGCAUGACACUGAUUGUUUUUAUUAUAGAGCAGUUACUAAAACUCCGCAAUCAGGAAACUCCUUUGAGGCAGAGUUCAUUUAUUAUGAUAAUACAGCAGUUGUAAGCCCUUCAAAAAUCUGCAGGAUUCAGAAAAAGUUCUUAACUUUGCCGGGGCUUAGUGUUCUUUGUUUCCUUAGGAGAGUAGGAAGUGUUCCUGAUGAAAGCUGGACUAACAAAAGUACUUCCUAUUUUAUAAGCGAAAUAAAUAACAAGCCAGUCGCUUGCAAGUUCUUACAGCAACAUGGAGAGCGUUGGGAAAUAGGUGUAACUUGUGAUGGAAAGUCUGUGUCUAAUGACCUUCUGCAGGAAAAAGGCAGGACAAGGUGGCAAAACACACCAAUGCAUAAUCAGGAAAAUAGGCCAAAACAAAUUCCGGUUACAAAUGGUAAUCCUCAAGAUAGAAAGUGUAGGAAUGGUUUAGGUGGUCAAAGUAAAACUAAGGCUGUUAGGAUGAAAAAUAGUUCCAAAACACCCUUAAGUGUCCUUCCUCAAGAUCUAAAUUCUGGACAGGUAGAAGGAGCAGAAGUAAUUACUAUUUCAGAGAGUGGAGAAUUUCAUGUACAGUUACUUAAAAAUUUGCAAAUAUUACAUGAGUUAAAUGUAAUGCUUGUCAAAGAAGCACAAAGAAGUGAUUUGUUUAGAGUGGAUGACAUUGAAGAAGGAUUGGAAUGUAUGACAAAAUCUGGAAGGAACUUGAAGUGGUAUCGAACAAAAGUGAUAAAGAAAUUUGUCAGGGAAAAGUUAAUGCUAGUUUUUUUCAUGGAUUAUGGCAAGUGUGAGAUGGUGUCCUUAAAUAAUGCAAAGAUGCUCAGUGAUGAGAUUAAAAGUAUUCCUAAACAAGCUGUGUUUUGUAAAUGGGUUUGGUUUAAAAAACUGAAGAAAAUUCAAUUUGUCCAUGUAGUAAAUGCACUCCUGGAUCGUGAAAUAAGGAUCUUGUUUUUGAGAUAUUUGGAACCCUCUCAUAUCUGGGAAGUAGAUAUUUUAAUAGGCGAAAUUCUGCUUCAAGAGUAUUUGAACCAGCUCUUAAGUCGUCGUCGGACUAUUGUUGGACCAGAAAAGUCCGGUAAUACAGACUGUAAGGAGUUUGAUACAUCAUUCAAGAUAAAUUCAAUCACAUGGACGCUGCUGCAGAGUGGCAGAAGGUAUCCUGGGUUUGCAACUGCAGUUACUGAUCCUUCAAACUUCUGCAUCCAGUUUGAAGUCUUAUUUGAUUGCAUGAAAAACUUGUCUUUGCUGCUCUCUGACCUUCCUGACAACUUGCCAGCUUUGCCAAAAGAACUUGUGGCUCCUGGUGCUAGCUGCUUGAUCAAGCUUGGACUGGAAGCACAGUGGAACAGGGCAGAAGUUAGUGAAGUAACAAGUCAGUCUGUUGUUCUUAGGUUUAUUGAUUAUGGCUUUCUGAAGAGCAUCCCUUACUCUGAUAUCCAUAAACUUAAAGUUAUUCCAGAAAGUCUGUCUUAUUUACCACGCUUGGCACACUCUUGCUCUUUACAUGAUACAGUUCCUGCCAAGGGGGAAUACUGGAGUGAUGAAGCCAAACUACUGUUUCAGAAGCUUCUUAGUAAACCGGGUCUGAUACUUCAUUUUAAACACUAUGGCUCUGAAAUGAAAUUAGAGGUGGAUGUUCUGUACAAGGAGAACAAUCUAGCUCAUGCCUUAAUAGCUGCUGGCUAUGCAGUCCACUCUAGAAGUAGGUGCUGCCUCAUUCCAGUUGGCAGAAUUAAAUCAGAAAAAACAGAUUUGCAGCCUAAGUGUCCAAAUUCUAGUUACUGUGCUUCCCUUUGUGAACCAGAUUAUAAUUAUGAUGAGAAAUCUUAUUUUGCUGACAGAAAUAAAAAAGUGAAACAAAAAAAGUAUCCGAGGCGUAGGACUAUCUGUGAUAAAGUUUCAAAUAAGUCUGGUAAAGUGGGUGCUGGAAUAUCAUUAACAAAGGAUCUUAGUUCAUAUAACACUGAAAGAAAAGAAAAGCUGCAAAAGGUGGACCAUACUGUGAAGAAGUUGGGUUUUUUUCAGCAUUGUCAUGAUAAGAAAAGUAAAAUUGACUUAAUACAGAGUAAAUCUGCUACCAGUAGCACUGGUUGA